AUGGUUUCCAGUACUGUCUCCCACUUCUUCAGCUUCAUAAUGCUUUUUGCACAUUGCAUCUCCUUUUCGGUCAGGCACUUCACACAGAAAGAUGGUAAGCACUCACUAAAACUGUCCUGCCAAAACGUUAUCAUUUUGUGUUCGUGGGGACUUGAGAAUGGAGAAGGCCUGAACCACUGGAUCGGAAACUUAACGUUAUUACUAUUAUGUUGCUUAGAUGCUGAUGCCGGUGAGCUGAGAAAGGAUAUCCCAGAAAUAAAUGCAGCUGCUGGGCUGAGUCUCUUUCAGGGGGACAUUUUACUGCCUAGACAACGUAGUGCCCUGAGAGAUGAGAAGUGCCGAUGGAAGCUCCCCAUUCCUUUCAUUCUGUCUGACAGCCUGGAUCUAAAUGCCAAAGGGGUGAUUCUUAAAGCACUUGAAGGAUUCCGCUUAAAAUCGUGUGUCAAUUUUAAAACAUAUGAUGGCGAGAGAUCAUUUAUAAAAUUUGAGAAGCUUGCUGGGUGCUGGUCUAUAGUUGGAGCUACAAAUAAAGGCCAAAACCUUUCUGUUGGUGUUGGGUGUGACCACAAAGGCAUUGUGUCACAUGAAAUCUUACAUGCUCUGGGACUCUUCCAUGAGCAAACAAGGACAGAUCGAGAUGAUUAUGUUAAAAUCUGGUGGGACCACGUGGCUCCAGGUCAAGAGUACAACUUCAAGAAAUAUGGCACUGACCUUCUUACUGACUUGAAUACUCCCUAUGAUUAUGAGUCCAUCCUGCACUAUGGUCCAUUUUCUUUUUCUAAAAAUGAGAGUUUACCAACAAUGACUACCAGCAUACCAGAAUACAAUUCCAUUAUUGGCCAGCGAAACGAUUUUAGCUCUAUUGAUCUCGAACGACUCAAUCGCAUGUACAACUGCACAACUUCUCUCACCCUUUUGGACCAAUGUGAUUUUGAGCCAGCUGAUGCAUGUGGCAUGGUUCAGGGAACAGAAGAUGAUACUGACUGGAUUCAUAAGAAGAGCAGCCCUGGGAAACAGGACCACACAUUCAGUGGACAGUGCGAAGAUACUGGCCACUUCAUGUACUUUGACAGCAGUUCCGGAAAUAGAGGUGAAGCAGCUGUCUUAGAAUCCCGUAUUCUUUGGCCAAGGAGAACGCAUCAGUGUCUCCAGUUCUUCUUUAAAAUGACAGGAAGCCCUUUGGACAAGCUUAUCAUCUGGAUCAAGAAAGACGAUGGCACGGGAAAUGUCCGCAGGCUGGGUAAACUGAAAACAUUUAAAGGAGACAGUGACCCUAACUGGAAACUUGCCCAUGUGACUCUCAAAGGCAGUGAAAAGUUCAGGUAUCUCUUCCAAGGGCUGAAAGGCGAUCCAGACACCUCAUAUGGAGGGAUUUUCAUCGAUGAUCUGACCCUGAGUGAAACCCAGUGCCCCAGUGGUGUCUGGCUCAUUCGUAACUUUUCUCAUCUCAUCAAGACUGCCCCUCAGAACUAUUCCCUGAGAAGUCCCCUGUUUUUUAACCCUGAAGGUUACGGUUUUGGUGUCUCCCUCUAUCCCAGGGGCCUGAGUGGUUCAUCCUCUGAAAACUACACCCGCAUUUUUUUCCACUUGGCCAGCGGAGAGAAUGAUGGUGUUCUUGAGUGGCCAGCUCUACACAGGCAGGCAACCAUUACUGUGCUAGACCAACAUCCUGAUGUCAGGAAAAGGAUGUCCUCUGAAAGGAGCUUCACAACGGAUUUGACACAGAUUGUUCCAGAAAAGAAUUCAAUUUCCAGAUGGGGGAAGCCCUCUCUUCAUGGGACAUUUGAUCCUUCAUGUAAUUGCAGCAUAAUUGGACGCUGGGGGUGGAAUGAAUUCAUCUCACAUGCGCAGCUACGACGAAAGAAUUAUCUGAAAAAUGAUGACCUAUUUAUCUUUGCAGAGUUUGAAGACUUAACACAUCUCCAGAACACUGAACACGUUUUUUAUCACCCUCCGGGACGGAAGAAGAGAUCAGUCUUUUUGGAAGAAUGGCCAUCCUCCUCGGGAGACCAAUGUGAUCCAAAUCCCUGCCAAAAUGGUGGCAUCUGUGUAAAUGACAAAGGGAAAGCACGCUGCAGGUGUGCUGCAAGCAAAAUCUUCUUCUACACGGGUGUGAGAUGCCAGGCAGUGUACGUCCAUGGAAGCAUCUUGGGCCUGCUAGCUGGUGGAGCUUCUGGAACUGUUGUCUUAGCCAUAGUCAUUGUGUACAUGCUAGCGAAAGGAUAA